AUGUUGUUCUCGGCACCGAUCAUUAGGAGUUGCUGGCUCGGCUCGGCUUCUGCCCCAAUUCGUCUGCUUUUCCUGACCACUACCCAUUGUCCACUGUGUGUACAUUUCAAGGAACAGUUGGACAGCUAUAUCAGAAGCAGACGAGCAGCAGAUCGUCGCCCAGUGCUCGUGGAAACCGUCGAUAUCCAGAGAAACAGGCAGUACUAUGAGGAACAGCUGGACAGCUAUAUCAGAAGCAGACGAGCAGCAGAUCGUCGUCCAGUGCUCGUGGAAAUCGUUGAUAUCCAGAGAAACAGGCAAUACUAUGAGGAGUAUAAAUAUGAUGUGCCAGUGGUUCUGUUCAACGAUCGCCUAAUCCUGAAGCAUCGAUUCCGUAGUGCGGAUUUCGAAAAAGCCCUUGAUGCUCUGCAGCAAUGA